CAUGUGCGCUGUUGAAGCGGGUUUCCCUGGGUUACCAUCAACAAGUCCGUUAGCUCACUGUAGCUAUCAGUGUGCUUUAUAUUGUUAUUUAUAUAGCUGUACUGGUAUGUAAUGAACCAAACAACAAACAUGUGGCAGUCAGACUUUGCACAAUGGUAAUUUAGCCAUAAUGGUAGCACAGAAGGCGCAGCAGCUAUCUGCUUGUUAGAUUGAAUUUAACGAACAGUAGCUAGCAUGCUAAGGUCAGUAAACGCAACCAGAGGAACGUUUUCGUAGCUUUCAUGAUGACAAACCAGGACUUCAGGACACUGGCUUACACGAAAAGCCCGAAAACAUCGAAAAGAACAACAUUUCAGGAUGAACUUCAGGCUGCUGUCUCUGCCAGGGCAAGCAAACCAAAAACAGACCGCUACUCCUACUCUGAUGACUUCAAUGAGGAUGAAGAUGAUUUUUUGAAUAAACUCAAAUCAAGAACAAAGAAGAGUGGUGCAUUCAAGAAGAAUAAAGCCAAAAUCAACAACUUUGAGCUUUCAGACGACGAAGGCAAACAUGAGAGGAAAAAGAAAGUUUCAUUCCUGAAAUCCCAAAGAAUCAGCUCUCCCUCAGAAGACACAGUGGCACCAGAGUCACGUGAAAACGAGCCACCGGACUCCUCCGUCGGUGAACACAAUGAUUCGUUUUCCUCCCAGCACUCCACACAUGUUGGUGAAGAUGACACAGAGUUUACAAACAGUGGCUGGAGUCCUGUUGAUCCCCAAAUCGCAAGAGAGAGCUCGAGUAAAUCUCUCUCAUACCAAACCUCAGACGAUACUCUUCGGGACAUGUCUUUGCCGUUACCAUCUGAUGGCAGUGUGGCGGAAACUCCAGGUCCUGAGGAGAAGGGCGACCUUGCUCUUGAAGAAAGGUCCCAGACUCCACAUCCAUCAGAAUCAGACCUCAGACAUGAGCCUUCAGCCGGGAGCCACCCAGACCCAAACCGAAGACAACGGACUCUGGGACUGAGCCCUCUCACCGCAGAGAAGCCACCUGAAGAAACUGAAGCUCAGGAUCUCAGCAGGCCCCAGACUUCCUCUGCAUCCAUUCCCCUCUCCACUGACACAUCCAGCAACACUGCUUGGACAGAGGGGGACCACACUGGCCUCAGCGAAUCCUUUUCAAACAAGAGUGAACAUGACUCUCAGCUCUUCACCAAGUCCACAAUUGAUUCUGGAUCCAGAGAUGACUUUAUUUCCGAUGACAGCAAAGAACAGGGAACAAAGUACUCUACAUCAUUUGAAGAAUUACAUGAAGACGCAGGAGAUCACUCAGAUCAUUCUGUUGCUCAACUCUCUCACACACAGGAAAAGUCAUUUGACACCAGGACUUCAAGUUCUCACUCAAAGACCACUCAGAGAUCUCAGAGUGCAUGCUCCAGGAAAGUGGAAUCAAAGUAUCUGGGAACUCUAAGAGUUCUGGACCGUAAAGUGUCACUGCAGGAGUCUGAACCACAAGCAGCAGAUUCGCUCAGAGCUGCCAUCUAUCAGGAAUGGCUUAAAAAGAAAAAGGAAAAGUCAAGACAGAAGAUGCUACUAAAGGAGAAAGAGGAAAUGCUCAAAGAAAAAAAGAAAAAGGAAGAAGAAGUUAAAAAGCAAGAUGCUGUUGCAUCAUAUGAGGCUUGGAAAGAAAGGAAAGCAGAAAUUCUCAAAGCAAAAGCCAAAGAAAAGCAAGAUAUGAUCAGAAAAGAGCAGACAGCGAAUGAAGAGAAAGAAGAAAAGAGGCAGUCUGCCAAACAGGUGUUUGAAAAAUGGAAAGAAGAGCAUGAUCAUCUACUCAAAGAGAAGUACAGAAAACAGAAAGAAGCUGAAAAUAAACUGAAGCUUAAAAAGCAAGAAAAGGAAGAAGAAAGAAAGAGAGAAAGCAGAUCUGCUUUUUCUGACUGGUGUGAAAAGAAGCAAGAUGUUCUCCAUGAAAAAGCCACAACGAAGCGCAAAGAAAUCAAAAGUAAAGAAGAGGAGGAACGAUACAUGAAAGAGGAGAGAGACAAAAUGGCUUUAGAGGUGUAUGAAAACUGGCUGACAAGAAAAGAUCUAGAACAGAGGAGAAGGAGAGAAGAAAGACAAAUAAAAGAGAUUUUGUCUCAAGACAGUCCACCUCCACCAUGGAGCCCUCCUAAUAAAACUAUACCAUUUCGGAAAUAACAUUUGAAAUGUAACAUAACACCCCUUUAAUAUCUGUGGGUGCUGUGUUACAUUUUGAGUUAUCAGUUUUGUAAUGUAAGUAUGUUUUUAGGUGAAAUGAAAUGAGAUGAAAUGUUUUGUAAAUGUGAGAGGGUGACAUGUUGAUAUAAAAUAUUGACCCUUAGUAUACAUCAGAAUGCAAAGCAGCAAUAAGAAAAUAUUGAUGUAAAAGUUUUAUAUAAUCAGUCCACUAAUUUCUCUGCUAAUUAUUAUUAUGGAACUGCCAUUGACCUCCAUGUAAAAUUUAUUUUUGUCUUCAGUUUACAAGUGGUUCCACACUAUUAUACCAUUUUUGAAACAGAUCUGUUUAACACUCAGUGCUUAUUAUGUUAAACUAUUACUACUAUACUAUUUAAUUUGUUUAUUUAAUAUGUGGAAUUAUUUGUGGUCAUCUCUUCAUGUCACCUUUUUAUAUUUCUAGUCAUUUUCACAGCUUUUUUUUUUCCUAUCAUCCAUUUUAGAGCAUUUUGAAUUUACAACCUAAACAGAAUGAAUUUUAACUGUUACAAUGAAUGACUGCUGUUAAGGCAUUUGUUUAUGGCCUGUUGUUAGGUCUGCUCCUACUCUAUUAUCCAAUAAAAAACUCUCCCUCAAAGCUGAGACAUGUUCACACCCAA